AGGCUGAUAUGUGUAAAUAACAGGGCAUGAGCCUCCCAGUAGGGACACCACCUGUGAAGGCCUCAUAACAGCCAACCUGUUGCAGCCACCAAGCUGAAGCCUCAUCAGGGGAGGAGGGACCCCUCUACUGGAGAAGUGACAGCAGGAUCCUGGUAGAGGAGGCAUCAAAAGUCCCAAGGGGCAGGUUGCAAUCAUGUAGGCACCAUGGAGGCUGCUAUGUGCGUUUGCUCUCCAUGUUGUACAUGGCAGAGAUGUUGUCCUCGAUUAUGCUCCUGUCUGUGCUGCAAGUUCCUCUUCACCUCGGAGCGGAACUGCACCUGCUUCCCCUGCCCCUACAAGGAUGAGCGGAACUGCCAGUGCUGCCACUGCACCUGCUCCGAGAACCCCAACUGCCACUGGUGCUGCUGCUCUUGGGCCAAUGACCCGAACUGCAAGUGCUGCUGCACGGCCAGUAGCAAUCUCACGUGCCACUACUACGAGAGCCGCUGCUGCCGCAACGCCACCGUCACGUUCAAGAAGGGCCGCCUCAAGAGCAUCCGCACCUCUUCCAAGACCGCCUUGCGCAUCGGGAGCAGCGAUUCCCAAGCUGAAGACAUCACCAAGCAGGUGCCAGGAAAGAGCAACCUGGUCGACCAUCUCACCUGCCCCAUGUGCAACCGGCUGCGCCUGCAUUCCUUUAUGCUGCCCUGCAACCACUGCCUGUGCGAGAAGUGCCUGCGGCAGCUGCAGAAGCAUGCGGAGGUCACUGAGAACUUCUUCAUACUUAUCUGCCCCGUGUGCAACCGCUCGCACUGCAUGCCCUACAGUCACAAGAUGCAGCUGCCGGAGAACUACCUGCGCGGGCACCUCACCAGGCGCUACAUGCAGGAGCACGGCUACCUCAAGUGGCGUUUCGAUCGCUCGACCGGGCCCAUCCUCUGCCAGGUCUGCCGCAGCCGGCGCAUCGCCUACAAGCGCUGCAUCACCUGCCGCCUCAACCUGUGCAACGACUGCCUCAAGACCUUCCAUUCGGACGCGGCCAUGCAGGACCACGUCUUCGUGGAUACCAGCCCCGAGGACCAGGACGAGAAGAUCUGCAUCCACCACCCGUCCAGCCGCAUCAUCGAGUACUGCCGCGGCGACAACCAGCUGCUCUGCCACUUCUGCAAGACUGCCUUACACAAUGGCCACGACACCAUCAGCCUCAUCGACGCCUGCUCGGAGAGGGCCGCUGCGCUCUUCAGCGCCAUCGCCAAGUUCAAAGCAGUCCGAUAUGAAAUUGAUAAUGACCUGAUGGAAUUCAACAUUUUAAAAAACAGCUUUAAAGCUGACAAGGAGGCGAAGCGAAAGGAGAUCAGAAACGGCUUCCUCAAGCUACGCAGCAUUCUUCAGGAGAAAGAGAAAAUCAUCAUGGAGCAGAUAGAGAACCUGGAAGUGGCCAGGCAGAAGGAGAUUGAAAAAUAUGUAUAUGUCACGACCAUGAAAGUGAACGAAAUGGAUGGACUGAUUGCCUACUCCAAAGAGGCACUGAAGGAGACGAGCCAAGUGGCAUUCCUACAGUCAGCCAAGAUUCUGGUGGACCAGAUCGAGGAUGGCAUCCAGAGCACCUAUAGGCCUGACCCACAGCUCCGGUUCCACUCCUUGCACUGCAUGCCCUUGGACUUUGCUGAGCUCUCAAAUGCCAUCCAUGAUCUCUUCCCCUCAGGACCCAAGAAGGUAUGCUCCUCAGGGGACUCCCUGCACGUCCCCUACCCCAGGCACUCAGAAAUGAUGAUUUCCAGGAAGGUCACUUUCAGCACCCACAGCUUAGUCAACCAGCAGAUAUACCAGCAAAGCUCCUCCUUGCUGUCCCUCAACAACCCCAGUGAGAAAACCAAGGGGGGUCUGGAAGCCUACGGGCGAGCCCAGUCUGCCGCACCUGUUAAACAUACAGAUGGUCUGUACACCUAUUGGAGUGCAGCACCAGAAAGCCAGUCUGUGCAGAACAGCAGCAGCUUCCACAACUGGUACUCAUGCAAUGAUGGUUCUGUGAAGACCCCAGGCCCGAUUGUUAUCUACCAGACUCUGGUAUAUCCCAGAGCGGCCAAGGUUUACUGGACAUGCCCAACAGAAGAUGUGGACUCUUUUGAGAUGGAAUUCUAUGAAAUCAUUACUUCCUCUCCUAAUGAUGUGCAGACGGAGCUCUGUGGACAAAUUCGGGACAUAAUGCAGCAGAAUCUGGAACUGCACAACUUGACCCCCAACACUGAAUAUCUGUUUAAAGUUAGAGCCAUCAACGAGAAUGGGCCUGGGCAAUGGAGUGACAUCUGCAAGGUAGUAACGCCAGACGGGCGUGGGAAGAACCGAGCUAAGUGGGGCCUGCUGAAGAAUAUCCAGUCUGCCCUCCAGAGGCGCUUUUGAGUCCCUCACAGAGCAAGCAGCAGCCUCUCAGAGACACACCACAAAACAGACAUAUAUAUACACACAUACGUAUGUAUUUUUCUCGCCACAUUCUUCAGUGAGGUUGUAGACGAACGUUCCUGGGACCUCUGAGCUAUUCCAACAGGAGUCUUCUAAGAGCUAAUAAAAGGAAAUGGCUG